AAAAUGGAUAAGACGGGGGGACACACAAGCUCACUCACCCAACCGAGGGAAGAGGAUUCUAGCGAAGUUUGCAAUGGCAUCGACUCUAGCGUGGAGCUCUUCCUCCUGGCUUCACACUUCUCACAUGCCCAAGCACACGACCGAAACCAUCAGAGUCUCAGACAGAGGCUCGGUAUUGCCGUUGCCGGUGGUGGUGGCUCAAAAGAAAGCGAAGAAGACGCGUAAGAUAAUACUGAAGGAGGAUGUGGUGGACUUGGGAAAGAAAGGACAGCUCCUGGAUGUCAAAGCUGGGUAUUAUAGGAAUUAUCUGUUUCCAAUGGGCAAGGCCCAGAUUGUCACUCCCAUUCUUCUGAAGGAAAUGCGGAUGGAAGAUGAAAGAAUUGAGGCUGAGAAAAAACGGGUCAAAGAAGAGGCACAACAACUUGCUAUAAUUUUUGAAACUGUUGGUGCAUUCAAGGUGAAGCGCAAGGGUGGGAAAGGGAAACAAAUCUUUGGCUCAGUUACUGCUCAAGACCUUGUUGACAUAAUAAAAGCACAGCUUCAAAGGGAAGUGGACAAAAGAAUUGUUUCUCUUCCUGAGAUCCGGGAAACAGGGGAAUAUAUUGCUGAGCUGAAGCUUCAUCCAGAUGUCACUGCCCGAGUAAGAUUGAAUGUAUAUGCCAACUGAUGACAGGCACCUUCAGGGACACACACUGAAUGGAUUCAACUGUUUCCAGUCAGUCAAGAACGAUUGAUUCCUAGAAAUUGGAUUUAUGUGGUGGGAUGGGACAAGUCGCAGAAUCACAAGCUGCAAACAACUUGGAGCACCCCCUCUCUUGUCUCCAUCGCUGAACAAAACGAAGAUCACAUUGUGAAAUCAAGGGCGAUGAGAAAAGAGCCAGCUUGCUAGCUAGCUAGCUAGCUAGUAGCUUCUUCUUCUUUUUUUUCAGAGUGGAAAUUAAUAUGAGUUGGAAUUCUUGUACCCAACCAGCUGUCAUGUUGGAAUAGCAUGCCACGUGGCACCCUAUUUACAGAUUUGGAUAUAUGUCCUUGCAGGAAGCAGGCCGUCCACGUUGUUUUGCUCACGUCUCACAUUGGGCUUUGUGGUUUAAGCAAGUACAUUAGAGUUGAUAGUCUGUCUUUAAUUAGAAAUUGAAACUGGUCGGCCAACAAUUAGGAGAGAAUAAAGUUGAUUAAUCUA